AUGGGCCGGAAGAAGGCCACGAAGGACGUCCCAGAAGCCACGCGCGAGUCCAUUGCGCUGUUCCUCGCUGAGCGUUUUUGUAAUGGACGGCUAAAGCGUGGAGCAGCCGUGGCUGCUGCAGCCAAGUGUGGGUGUUGCCGCACCAUCUCCACCAUCGUGGCUGAGUGCCUUGCACGCAUCUCGGCCACUCUCGACCGAGCACCUCGUUAA